GGGAAGCACAAACAUCCGUGUGGGCAACUAGCGGAAACUGUAAACUGCGUGUUGAAAUAGUAAAAUAAAUCGGUUUUUGUUCUUCAAAAGCGUUUUUUUGUUAAACGGAGAUAAAUCCCACUGAGACAUCCACCAGGCGGACGGACCGGUAGCUUGGCGUGUUGUCGUCAGCCGGAAGUCUUCGCGUUUGUUUUUGUAGUUCAGGUAGGAGCAUGUAUGCUAACUGGGAAAUAGCUGCUCCCGGUGAGGAGGACGAGGAGCUGGGAACCCAGAUCCAGGAGGAGGACCUGGACGUGGACUUAGACCUGGAGUUGGCUAAAAUGACGGUUGAAGACCUGAUCUUUAAGGUCCAGGCUGUGCAGACGGACAGCACCACGACGGACACCGGCGUCAACACGGAGCCCGACUGGGAGAGCCAGGUGGCUGCCGUGUUCCAGUUCGGCUCCCAGCUGAAGGAGCGCUACGAGCGUCUGCAGAGGGAGCAGGAGGAGGAGAAGGAGGCGCAAGAGAGGCAUAAAGUUCAGCUGAAGAAGAGGAGGGAGGAAGGCAUCCGGCAGCACCAGGCUCUGCUGGAGAAGCUGGAGUCGCUGCGGGUGAAGCUGCAGCUCAACAACUCCAAGGCCACCAGGAAAAACUUCGAGAGCAAGAAACGGGAGCUGCUGACGGAGAGGAACAGAGCGGAGGAGGAAAGGAACAGACUGGCGAAGGAGCUGGAGGAGAGCGACAAGAAGCUGUCUGCGCUGAGCGAGGAGCAGAGCGAGGAGCAGCAGCGCUGGGCGGAGGAGCUGGAGCAGCUGAGGAGGGAGAUGGAGCGGGUGAAGAAGGAGGCGACCAAGGCCCAGCUGCAGGCCCUCAAGGACGAGAUCACCGCCGUGGAGAAGCAGAGAGACGGCGCCAUGUCCCGCAUCGAGGCCUGGCUCAAAGAGGUGGCGCAGUACCUGAACACCCUGCGGGUGGAGUUCCCUCAGCAGUACCACCACGACCGGGGCAAGUGGGAGAAGAAGGAGAGUCUGGUCCGGAAGAGCCAGGCGGAGCUGCAGAGCCGCUUCCAGGAGGUUCUGCAGCAGCUGCAGCAGGGCCGCGAGCUGGAGUCCCUCCCCAGGAUCACCGUGCCGACGCUGCCGCACGUCCCCACGGCCGACCUCAGGUUCAGACAGGUGAUGCAGGCGGUGACGCAGCCGCCUCCCACCAUGCCGCCGCCCCCCCAGCACCAGCUCUACCAGCCCCCCCUCCCACACUAUUACCCCCCUCGCCACAGACACCCCCACCCGCGCCACCCCAUCCACCGCGGCGCCUACCACACUCCUCCUUACGUGUACUACCCCCACCCCCCUUCUCACCACCAGGCUCCGCCCUCUUUCCACACCCGCCCCCCGCCGAGGGUGACGCCCCCUCUCAGCCUGUCCCCGUCCCCGCCGGUCCAGCCCGUGGGUCCGUCCCCGCCCCCGGCCGGCGCCGCGCCCUCGGCCCCGGCGGAGAAGCUGGAGAAGGUUCUGGAGAAGCUGGGGGCCCGGUUCCCGCAGUGCGGCAAGCCGCAGCUGAUGUCGCUGCUGCAGCAGGUGAAGAGUUCCCGCGGGACGCUGGCCGGGAUGUCGGUGGAGGACCUGAUGGAGCAGGUCGGCUUCAAGCUGAGCCAGAGCGAGCGCUCGGCGCCGGGGCCCAUCGGCCGGCCCGCCCCGGGGCCCAUCCAGAGGCCCUCGACCCCCGCUGGGCCCCGCAAGCUCUGCCUCAUGUGCCAGAACCACGUGGACCCGGAGAACCGGCACCCGCUCAGCUGCUCACACACCAUCCACAGAGAAUGCAUCCAGAUGUGGCUCCAGUCCAGCAAGAACAACUCCUGUCCCUUCUGUCCGGGCCAGUAAUGGACCGGACCGGACUGGACCGGACCGGACCAGACCACACCGGACUGGAUCGGUACACGACCCAGAUUGGACCGCUUUCCGGUUCUGUUUCCUUGAAUCUUGAUUUCAUGUUUCAUGUUUUGCGUCUCGGUUCCGGUUCUUCAUUUGAACCCAGAAACCGUGAAAA